UUAGUCUCUUUUUGGAGUCCAAAUAAAGCAAAUAGAAACAGUGUCAGUCAAAGCUCAAACUUUGAAGACACUUGCCUUCCUCCCUGCAACCAUCGUUCAAAAACAACACACCCAACUAGUUUUGAGUGAAUGGAGAGACAACGUUCUUAUAAUGGACGAAGAAAUAUUGACGAAAGACCCAAAAAUCGUUCACAAUGUAGGCUCCAGCGUUCUUCAUCUCUGCCGCCGGUCGCCAGAGCUCCGCCACCACCUCCUCCUCCAAACCAAUUGAAACUAGCAGCAAUGGCCAUCGAUUUGAACGUCCGCCUGAGAUCCGCCGAUAUGCCUCUCGCAAUGCAAGAGCGAGCUAUCCGGAGAGCCAGAGCUUUAGUCGACGCUAACAACCCAGGUAUUACCAAACCUACGCAGGUGGCAAUGUGCCUUAAGAAGGAAUUUGAUGCGUUGUACGGACCGGCAUGGCAUUGCAUAGUGGGGAAGAGUUUUGGGUCGUUUGUGACGCACGCCGGCGGAGGAUUCUUGUACUUCUCGGUGGACAAGCUUUGUUUCCUUCUCUUCAAGACGGAGGUUCGUCCGCUUGUUAAACCUCCUUCCUUGCAUAGAUUGAAAAUUAAUAAUGCCUAAUUAAUGCUUUGGUUAGAGAAAGAAUGAUUUUUCUAAAUUUUCUUGCAAAUUAUUCCUUGGGUUUCAUCGUAAAUGGAAAGUGUGACGAAAUUUGGUGAAAA